AUGGUAAAACUGAGCGUAUUCUUACAUCUAUGUAACCCGCGGGGCUCAACGCUUUUUGCUUCGACAAUGUCCAAUAACUCUGCCCCCGUAGCAUCAAUUGCCAUGUAUCCACUAGUUCAGAGUACUGAAGAACUUAAUAAGUAUGCACAACUUCUGCAGGUUAUAGAAGAAAUGGGACGUGAUAUAAAGCCCACAUACGCUUGUAAUAAAAAUGCUGCCGAACGUUUAAAAAAAAACAUUCACACAGCACGUAUUCUAAUCCGAGAAUGCGUUGCAGAAUUAGAGAAGAUUACUUAA